AAUUUCUUCAUCCAUGAACUCAAAAGCAAGAAGAAAUAGGAGGGGAGGUUUAGCUUGAAGCGAAAACACCAAACAAGAAAAGAGUAGUAAAGGGAAGGGGGGGAAAAAAGGAUAAAAACAAAAUACAAAAAAAGCGCGAGCACCUCCGCGGAACAAAAGAAUGAUGCCGUCAAAGCCACCCCACCUUUCAAUUGCUCCUUGGUCUACGAAGAAAAAGUUGGGAAGUGAGGAGUAAUAAAAAGCUUUUGAGUUGCCUAUUGAAGGACUUGGGGGUUGAUUCAUCCAUCGCCAAAGAAACUCAGGAAAUGGUAUCGACGGAAGGGUUGGUGCCCAUAACGAGGGCAUUUCUGGCUUCUUACUACGAUAAGUAUCCAUUUCCUCCUCUAUCCAUUGACGUUUCCCGUCUCUCCGAUCGGAUUUAUGUCAUGGCUACCGAUCUUCUUAAGGACUCUCCCCCUACCCAAGGAGAAAGGUUAUUGGUAGAAGAAGCUGAGCGCCAACCUCCUCAUAAAGUUGAUGAAAACAUGUGGAAGAACCGAGAACAAAUAGAAGAGAUCCUUUUCAUGUUGGAAGUGCCUAAUUGGCCCAGAGCGCUUCAGCAACAAUCAACUGCUGAAGAUGCUGAACUUGCUUCUGUUCUUGAACGGCUUCGAGAGAAGUUUAAUUCUACACUGAAGACUUUGGCGUAUUUCCAGGCCAGAAAUUCUGAAUUUGUAUUCAACACAGUUAUGACCUAUAUGCCUCAAGAUUUUCGGGGUUCAAUAAUCAGGCAACAAAGAGAGCGCUCGGAGAGGAACAAGCAGGCUGAAGUUGAUGCUUUAAUUAGCUCUGGUGGAAGCAUACGUGACAAAUAUGCUCUGCUCUGGAAACAACAGAUGGAACGAAGGAGGCAGUUAGCAGAGCUUGGUUCUGCAACUGGUGUCUAUAAGACUCUGAUGAAGUACUUAGUUGGAGUGCCAGAGGUUUUGAUGGAUUUUAUUCGGCAAAUAAAUGAUGAUCAAGGGCCCAUGGAGGAGCAGCGACAACGAUAUGGACCGCCUCUAUAUUGCCUGACAAGAAUGGUGCAUAAUAUUCGAUUAUUUCUCUCCCUGCUGUGGGCACGUCUCGGAACAACAAAAUUGCAGAAAAACCAAUUAUCUAUUUUGGAAGAAGCAGCUAAUGUCUACACUUCUGAGUUUGAAAGAUUUAUCACAUUUAUUCGGGAGGUUUUCACAAAUUCCCCUUUUUUUAUUACUGCAGAGGAUGCUGGUACCUUAGCUGCCAGGAAAGAUGAUGAUUACAAGGAAAUAAAUAUUCCAGCAGGGGAAACUCAUGAGGUGUCUUUAACAGUGGAAUCAAUAAAUUCAUACAUUGCUUGGGAUUUCUCGCUGGUACAGGGCAAAAUGAGUCUGCAGGACAUUGGAUUCAGUGUGGAAUGCACAGAUCUUUCCGGGAAAAAAACUCUGAUCCUGCCUUACCGGCGUUAUGAAUCUGACCAAGGUAACUUCUGCACAUGCGUAUCUGGAAGUUACAAGCUUAUCUGGGACAAUUCGUAUUCGUCAUUUUUCAAGAAGGUCAUGCGAUACAAGGUGGACUGUAUUCCUCCUGUUGCGGAGUCCGCGACGCAUGCUGCUGAUUAAUAGUUGUGGUUGCUCAGUUGUUUCUGUAAAAACCUUUAUGCACAAAGUUGUGCCUGCGUUUGUUUCAUUUGUCUCUGGUAUUAGAAGUUUGGUGAAUCAGGUUCCUUGAUUUUCAGUUCUACAGAAAAGGUGUAAGUGACCUACAAAAAAGUUGUAAUUUCUACCAGUACUUGCGCCCCUUUUCUUUAAUCUUUUGUUUGUGUUGUAUCAUAUAUUAAUUAAACUGCCUUUCGGUUGUUUCCGGGCUAAACGUUGUAUGUAUUAAAUGGCUCUGGAUUGACACUGUA